UGGCAAACGGGUUGUGGGAGGGAAUUGGUUGUGUCGUGAGAGGAGAACAGUCUUUGCUAAAUUUGCAGAUUUAUUUUCAAUUUGUUGCUGCGAAAAAGCUACCCGGUAUUGGAAGAAAAUCGUAGCGUAUAGUUGGUUCGAAGGAGGGGCAAUAUUUGGUAGUUGACUGAACGGCCUUGGCUCCGCGUUCGACUGAAUGGAGAAACAGCUGCAUUUGAAUUUGUUAGCCUCCAGACCUCCAGUGCCAGGAGGUUUGCAGUCAGGGUCUAAAAUGAGAAUGGGGUGAGUUCAUAGUCAGUAACGUUAGUUGAGGUGGUUGGCGAGGUUAUCUCUGAUAGUUGUCUGGCUCUAGUAGCUAAGCACUGCAACUGGAGAAUGCGUAGCUAACUAACAUGAGGCAACAACAGUCUCUUUCUAUGUUUAACUGUGGUAGAGCUAACGUUAGCUAGCUAAGUUCACAACAUUGCUAGCAAGCUAAAUGGGUAACGUUAGCAAGCUAGCUAAAGUAACAGUUCAAUAUAUCUGACAAUUGACAUUGGUUACUGAAACUAGUGAGGCGUUUCAAUUAUAUUAUCUUGUCGUGAACAAUGCUCUUAUUCUCGUGUUGUUCCAUUCAAGUGCGACAGCCAGCUGGUAGUGACAGGUCAGAAGGCUAUCAUCAUCAGUAACUUGAGUCCCAGUCAAGUGACCGUUAUGAAAGCAGUUGCUAAAUGUGCUAGCUACGACUCUUUUAUGGGUUAUGCUGCCUCCAUAUACUUAAAUAUUGUUAUUUGAGUGUAUACUGGGCUUGAGCUAGGGGAUAAUGUAGGACUGACUACACUGUUUGUUUAAAAUGAUAUUUCUGUUUCUUAUACUCCACCUGACACAGACCUGGACGGAAGAGAGACUUCACCCCUUUGUCCUGGAGUCAAUACUUUGAAACGAUGGAAGAUGUAGAAGUGGAAAACGAUAAUGGCAAAGAUAUAUCCUUUACUGCGAAGCCCAUAAACUUGCUACUGUACUUCUACACAUUGAAUAUAACCAUGAAUGAUGUAUCUUAUUUUUGAAACACUGAAGAGAAGGCCUUUCAUACAGUGUGUAAAUCCUGAUCCAGUGCAUCAUAAGCAUAUAUCUUCAUUGUGAAUGUGUCUCAGGGUUUCCGUUAGGAAAAUGUUGGGUGUGUAAGAGACAAUUUAUGCUUGAUCUGAAAAUGUGGUCGGAGUCCGUAUGGAGGGUGUGUCGCAGUUGCGGAGCCUCAGAAGUCAUGCAGAGGCCAAAUUGAACUAUGUACUGCAUCACCAUGCAAUGCGGUGGGCUCCAUGUCCAUAUAGCUCUGCAUUGACAUGAUUGGUUGACAGUAGGUGGGGGCAGGAGGUCCUGUAUAAACACAAACUCACUUCCUUGACUACAGCUCAGCACUUCUCCGCGAAGAGCAAGAAGUAUGAAUGCCCUGCCUUCUGCAGAGGCCGUAUCGCCGUAAAUGCUGCACGGCCAAUGCAGACGGCGGAUUGACCAUGCAGUGCCUUUAAGAACCCAUUAGGGCGUCCACCCACGGUGCUCAGAAUGACAAAUCACAUUUGGAUUAUGGUAAUUCAUUUUAACAGAACAUGCAACUCCUGUGAUGAAGCAGCCAAUAAAACGUCAUUUUCAAACAAUUGCCAAAAUGCAAUUAGCAGGAAAACACCAUUCUAAACAGCGCACCUGAUAGCUGUUCCAUAUGUUAGAAACUUAGAAAGAGGGUUCAUCUAAAGAUGCAACAACUAGGAUGGGUUGCUAAUAUGACUAGGGUGGUGCCGUUGGCUCCUGGACAACAAUAGAAGUUGAGAUGAAAACCAAUAGAACAGGAGAGAAAUGGCAUAGCGGUGGAUCCAAUAGGGAAGUAAAUGGAUAUAUGACUUGGCCACAGCGAAAUCGAGGAUCAUUAACUUAUUUUAAAAAAUAAAUAGCUGUGGAUUGUUUUAAAUCACAAGCUCGUAGACCUGUGCCUAUUUAGGGAUGGCCGCAAUUUGGGCAGCGCCGGUGGCAAUAGGCCUAGCUGAUUAUUGAGUUGCGGCUGACAGUGAAUAGCAUCUUAAAAAUGUGUGAAGAUAAUGUGCCUUGAGCAGUGGCGAUUUUGGCAUGAAAAUCUUGGUGGGGCAAACUCAUCUUUUUUAUUCUUUUUUAUGCAUGCAAGCAAAGCCACAACACAACACCAAACAAUACAUGAAUUGCACUAUAACGUUGACAAACGGUGCCCACAAACUGUUAGGGCCUACAUAAAGCUGUCCCAACAGCAGAGCUUUCUUUUCAGCACCAUGGAGUGAAUCCUUACCAACGCUAGACCUGGCUAUCAGCAGAGCCUUGUCUGGAAGCGAAACCGUUAAUUUAGCCUCAUUUACUGCCUUUUUAAAAACCAUAGCUGAUAUGGCUGACUUGCUUAAACAAAUGUGGUUACUACUGACAAUUGAGAUCUACAAACUAUGGCUUAAGGGAAUGAUGAGCGGAUAAGAGACAAUCCGUAAUUUCUAUUAGGACAUUAAUGAGUGAGUAAGACGGAUGUAGUCAAUAUAACUAUUUGUUAUUACGACAGACUUCAGAACCUGGGCCGUUCUUUCAGUUUUCUCCCUGUACACCAAGUCAGAACCGUGGGAUAAAUAACGGGGGCAUAUAAGCAGAUAAUGAAUGCUCUUACAAUAUUCGAUGAUGACAUUUCUCUAAAAUAGGCUAUAGGCUACAUGUGCACCACCAAGUCAGAAUAGUAGGCUACGUUCUGAGGGUGAAAGGGACCAAAUUAUUAUGGUGAGGCACAUGGGCUACUAACAGCUUACUACACAACAUACACUUAGUAUUACUUUCUUAGCUACAGUAUACGUAUCUCCCUGGCAUAUUACAUCAUUUAUGCGGCAGCAUACAAGACAUUUCUCGACUCACCGUUGUGCUGUGCUCACUUGAACAGGAAGGUGGCGCGGUUGUCCAUCUGGUGGGCAAAUUUUGUCAUGAAACUUUGUCAUCAAAGUCUUGCAUUCUCUGGAUUUAUGGUGCUCAAGACAACUGGGAACUCUGAGAAAAACAAGGUCAAAUCAUGUCAGUGAUCUUCGGGUCGGAGCUUUAGAAAGAGGCCAGAGUUCCCGACUUGGAAUUCCAAGUUUGAUGACUGUUCAAAAUGUAUUUUCCCAGUCAGAGCUCGUUUUUUUACGAGUUCCCAGUUGUCUUGAACUCACUGAAGUCUGAGAUUUCCCAGUUCCGAGUUUCCAGUUGUUUUGAACGCGGCAGAAGUCAUGCUGGAUUGACAGCAUGGCCAAUGUAUUCAAUAUUUUCUGGCCCAUGGUGUUGCGUGUGAAUCUUUAUCCUUUUAGGCUUGGAAAAGACACCCUUAAACCCAGACUUGGACCACACAUCCUCUCCACCGAAUAGCAGGCAGGGGAAGCAAAAUAGUGAUUGCUUUGCAACGCUUGCAGUUAGCCACUGAUUCCUUCCAAACCACUCAUUGUUGAAUUUGCGAUUUCCGACUUGUUGUUUAAUGUUUAUGUCCAAUGGCCGAUGAGCACCGAUACGUUUUAUCUAUAAUUUCUCUUCAUAUGACAAGGAUUGAAAAGGAUUUGCCAGUAGAUUGUCGACGUGAUUCAUGAUGAUGACGGCUUGCUAGCUAAGAUUUUGAAAGUAUGAUGUUGACAUGAUCAGUCCAAUCAAAGCUAUGGUAGAUGCAGUGCAUUCAGAAAUUAUUCAGACACCUUCACCUUUUUCCACAUUUGUUACGUUAGCCUUAUUCUGAAAUUGAUUAAAUCGUUUUUUUCCCCUCAUCAAUCUACACACAAUACCCCAAAAUGACAAAGCAAAAACUAUUUUAGGAUUUUUUUUUUGCACAUUUAUUUAAAAUAAAAAAUUGAUCAAAUUUACAUAAGUAUUCAGACCUUUUACUCAGUUCUUUGUAGAAGCACCUUUUGCAGCGAUUACAGCCUCAAGUCUUCUUGGGUAUGACGCUACAAGCUUGGCACACCUGUAUUUAGGGAGUUUCUCCAUAAAAAAUACUGCAGAUCCUCUCAAGCUCUGUCAGGUUGGAUUGGGAGCGUUGCAGGACAGCUAUUUUAAGGUCUCUCCAGAGGUGUUCGAUCGGGUUCAAGUCCGGGCUCUGGCUGGGCCACUCAAGGACAUUCAGAGACGUAUCCCGAAGCCACUCCUGCGUUGUCUUGGCUGUGUGCUUAGGGUCAUUGUCCUGUUGGAAGGUGAACCUUCGUCCCAGUUUGAGGUCCUGAGCAUUCUGGAGCAGGUUUUCAUCAAGGAUCUCUCUGUACUUUACUCCGUUAAUCUUUCCCUCGAUCCUGACUAGUCUCCCAGUCCCUGCCGCUGAAAAACAUCCCAACAGCAUGAUGCUGCCACCACCAUGCUUCACCGUAGGGAUGGUGCCUGGUUUCCUCCAGACGUGACGCUUGGCAUUCAGGCCAAAGAGUUCAAUCUUGGUUUCAUCAGACCAGAGAAUCUUGUUUCUCAUGGUCUGAGAUUCUUUAGGUGCAUUUUGGCAAACUCCAAGCGGACUGUCAUGUGCCUUUUACUGAGUAGUGGCUUCCGUCUGGCCACUCUACCAUAAAGGCCUGAUUGGUGGAGUGCUGCAGAGAUGGUUGUCCUUCUGGAAGGUUCUCCCAUCUCCACAGAGGAACUCUGGAGCUCUGUCAGAGUGACAAUCAGGUUCUUGGUCACCUACCUGACCAAGGCCCUUCUCCCCCGAUUGCUCAGGAAGAGUCUUGGUGGCCAAGAACGAUUGAGGCCACUGUGUUCUUGGGGACCUUCAAUGCUGCAGAAUUUUUUUGGUUCCCUUCCCCAGAUCUGUGCCUCGACACAAUCCUGGCUUGGAACUCUACAGACAAUUCCUUCGACCUCAUGGCUUGGUUUUUGCUCUGACAUGCACUGUCAACUGUGGGACCUUUUAUAUAGACAGGUGUGUGUGUGCCUUUCCAAAUAAUGUCCAAUCAAUUGAAUUGACCACAGGUGGACUCCAAUGAAGUUGUAGAAACAUCUCAAGGAUGAUCAAUGGAAACAAGAUGCACCUGAGCUCAAUUUCGAGUCUCAUUAUUUUUUUUAAAUUAGCAAACAUUUUUCAAUCUGUUUUUCGCUUUGCCGUUAUGGGGUAGUGUGUGUAGAUUGAUGAGAAAAAAUUAUUUAAGCAAUUUUAUAAUAAGGCUGUAAUGUAACAAAAUGUGGAAAUAGUGAAGGUCUGAAUACUUUCUGAAUGCACUUUAUAACGUGAUUUGACAUAAUUGUAUCUGUAAAUCUAUGGCAGCACCCAAGGGGGCUUGAACUUUCUAGCUCUCCCUGUAGAUUUUGCAGUGGGGUGGGGCUCGAAACAGGCGGGGCUCUGCCCCACCUGGCCUGAAUGACGUGUUGCUAUUGGACUUGAGUAUAAUUUUAAAUGUUGAGACAAGAAGGGGAGGGGUGUGGCGAAGAUAUAGGCGAGUAAUUCUCUAGAAUAGCUCAGCUGUCUCCUGCUAAUUCUUGCGCAUUUAUUUUGUGAAUUGUAUGCCUUUUUGAUUAAUUCCCCAUUACAUAUGUCACCAGUAGUAAAUGUACCAUUAAUCCCUAUCAUUUGGUUACAUUAAUUUAUGUUGAUGUAUUAAUUACAGUGUGGGCGGCAGGUAGCUUAGUGGUUAAGAGCGUUGUGCCAGUAAGCGAAAGGUCGCUGGUUCUAAUCCCAGAGCCGACUAGGUGAAAAAUCUGUUGAUGUGCCCUUGAGCAAGGCACUUAACCCUAAUUGCUCCUGUAAGUCGCUCUGGAUAAGAUCUUCUGCUAAAUUACUAAAAUGUAAAUGUAAUUUUUUUUUAAAUAUAGCGUUUUCAUUUUCGUAGAGUGGAAACUUUUGCAAAGUUCACAACCCUCUACACUUGUGAGAAACAAGUUUUGGUUUAUUUCAUAACCAUAAUUUACAAGAUUUGUCAAUAUUUCAUUGUCUUUUCUUUGGAGUGCUCCAUAUGAGCAUGUGUCUGAUUUCUCUGUCCUGAUAAUGUUGAGGGAGCUGGCGCGCCUGAGCACGCAUAGAUGUGGGAAAUGUAGGAAAGUGAUUUUUUUUAUUUUUUUUACAUCCACUGCUAAUGGUAAUAUAUUAAAACUAUAGUUCCUCACAGUAAGCUAUUUUAAAAAUCUUUCCAACAAUCUCCCCCUCUAAUCACCAAUCCUCAGUGUGAAAUAGCAAUGUAAGUUAUAGGCCAACUGCUGCAUUGGCCUAUAUGCUAUGAGUUCCAUGCGCUCAUUUCUUUAGCUGCAGAAUGGAUCACGGUGUAUCAAUGUGUCCAUAUGGCAGAGGCUGGUGAUCUCGCAUUAGUUGACUUAACUUUUAGAUUUGUAUAAUUUUAAUUCAGAUUUUUAUGAUUAACCACGUGACAAUGAUUUUGAGAAAGAAAAUGCGCUAAUGAAAAUCAUAAUUGCCACGCAGAAUGGUACAAAUGGUAGGCUAAAUUGUAAGCUUCCCCAAACUUGAAACUCACGCGCCGCCUAUGAAGUCUUUAUAAAAUACUUGCCUCCAUGUUUCCAUGGUUGGAUUUUGCCUAUAGGCUACUUUGAAGCAAGCUAAGACAUUCCUCAUAAUAUGAAAUAAAACAUUCAGGUUUCAAACAAUUAAAUAUGUUUUGUUUUCAAAAUGCAUACUGUCUCCAGCUCACAUUGUAAAGUGGUGGGUGACGCGCUGAUAGACUGUUUCCUGCAGUUGAAUGGUGAAUGGGAGGCGCGCUUCAAUUACCAGAAAUAAAAAUGGUAGCUAUUUUUAAUCAUGCACCAAAACUGUUCUUAACAGGCAAUUGCAUUUAGAAUUGUUAUGCAAUGAAUGGGCUGAGGAGCAGCAGAAGAAAUCCCCCUCAAAAUAGGUUCUGUAUGUUGUGGACAUAGUUUUGAUAGUUGUUGGAUAAAUAAGAUACAUGAUGACUAACGAAAAUACACAGGCCAAUUUUAAUUCCACUAAAUUAUGCAAAUUAUCCUAUAGACCGAUAAGCAUGAGGGUCAACUGUAUUUACAUCAACUGGUAUUUCCAUCAAUGAAUAUAAAGCAUUAUUUUGCAAUGGGAUUUUUUCUCUCUCCUGGCAACAGUUUUAUUUAUUGUCUCUUCAUUCUUUUAUCGGCCAACAGCCAGCAAUUGCCAGCUAACAGAAACUGUGUCUGUAGUCUAUAUUCCUUGACUGCUCUGCACACGUUCAGAAUCUAUAGCAGCGGCCAGCAUGGUCCUGUGCUGCUCCUGCUUCAUGGAGGAGGCCACUCUGCUCUCUCCUGGGCUGUGUUCACUGUGAGUAAUACUAUCAAAUACCAGAAAGAGCACCCAUCCUGUUUUAGGUACACACCAGUGGCAGUCAGUGCCGUUUUAAGAUGAGGGAGGACAAUUUGUUUUUGAUGAGCAUGGUCUUAUUUCUAUUACACCAUAUUGGAUGACACUCAUUCAUAUUCCAUUCACCCAGUUCAAUGUAACAGCGAUAGGUUUAGGCUACUACAUGAUACACACAUUUUCCCUAUACCCAUCAGCGUGAUGAAUACACCCCUGAUCAUACGUAAACAGAGUUCACUCUCAUAACAGCCACGUUGUAGUCCUUCUCUUCCCUUCGCUUGUGGACUUCAAUGCACAACAAAUCAGCUGUAUGUGACCAGGCAAAAAAACCUUUCCACGCCAAACCUCUACAAACAGCCUACAUCGUUGUCACAAUAUAAGCUAAAGAAAGGUCAUAGUCAGCAUAGCUAAUAGAACUAAUGCAUUAGUAAACCCGCUACAAUCAUGCAGUAACAUUUACAUUUACAUUUUUACAUUUAUGUCAUUUAGCAGACGCUCUUAUCCAGAGCGACUUACAGUUACUGAAUACAUAUUUUUUUUAUACUGGCCCCCCGUGGGAAUCGAACCCACAACCCUGGCGUUGCAAACGCCAUGCUCUUUCAACUGAGCUACAUCCCUGCCGGCCAUUCCCUCCCCUACCCUGGACGACGCUGGGCCAAUUGUGCGCCGCCCAUGAGUCUCCCGGUCACGGCCGGCUGCGACAGAGCCUGGAUUCGAACCAGGAUCUAGUGGCACAGUUAGCACUGCGAUGCAGUGCCUUAGACCACUGCGCCACUCAGGAGACAACUAACGUUAGUGUACAGUCAGUAAGCAGUUACACCGGUGGGCCCGGUGGCAAUAAAUUAGUAAUACCAAAAGCUUACCUUGACUUGGAAGAGGUUCCAGUGUUGUGUUGGAAAGUCAUAGCCAGCUAGCUAACAUAGCAUCCCUCUGUUUGAGCCAGGAGUUUGAAUAGGCUAAACUAGCUAGCUGCAUUUGAUGGUAAGUAAGUGAAACUGAAAAAUAAUGACAAUCUCUCUGUCUAUUUCUCUCUUGCUUCUCCUUAAUUUUGGAAGAAAUUAAUUUGUUAAAAACUGUUCAACUAUUGUCUUUCUCUCUCUUUGAGUCAACUACUCACCACAUUUUAUACACUGCAGUUCUAGCUAGCUGUAGCUUAUGCUUUCAGUACUAGAUUCAUUCUCUGAUCCUUUGAUUGGGUGGACGUGAGCCUCCUAGGUUUUGUAUUGAAGUCAAUGUACCCAGAGGAGGACGGAAGCCAGCUGUCCUCCGGCUACAUCAUGGUGCUACCCUACAGAGUGCUGUUGAGGCUACUGUAGACCUUUGCAAAAUGGUGUGUUUUAAUUAGUUAUUUGAUGACGUGAUUUAUUAAUUAUAUUUACUAUAGUUUUAUCUAAAAAGGAUAACUUUCUUUCAUGUUUUACCGUUUUAAUUUUUAUGAAAUUCACUGAGGAGGAUGGUCUUCCCUUUCCUCCUCUGAGGAGACUCCACUGGUACACACAAUACCAUCACAACAUGUCUUGCAUUUAAGGUUGUGUUAAGUGACUGUUGAAGGUGGAGCAGUAUGUUUGUGAGCCUGCCUUAUAACACAGAUUGACAUUCAGGCCAGAGUUAACAGUUUAAACAAAGUGGGUUUGUGUUUGCAGGAGGUGAUAUAUAGCAGAAUUAACUGCAGGGUGGUGGCUAUGGACCUCAGGGCCCAUGGUGAGUGGCUAACUCUUCCUCAUGAUAAAACACAUUUCAUCUGGUUACCUCAUAUUCAUAGUAUCAAUAGUAUUACUUUUUUUACUAUUUUCUGUCCCACACAGGUGACACCAAAGUAAAGAAUUCUGACGAUCUCUCAGCGGAAACAAUGGCCAAGUAAGUUGUUAGGUCAUGCAUUUUUGGGCUACAAACAUUUACAGAUACAUUUACCCUCAUGCUCUGUCAUCAUUCAGAGAUGAGUGUUAUGCAGGGAGAGUGAUGGGGGAUGUAUUGUGUUGAGAUGGUAUGGGAGGGAAAAGGACAGGACAGGAGGCAGUGGUAUAGGUGUACUGUAGGUGAAGAGAACCUGCUGGAGAGAGAGGAGGACUGAGUCAGAUGAGCCAUUUGCUGCUGCUGCCUCCCACUGAGACACUGAUCUGCUGUUUGAUGCAAGGAGGAAACAGGCUUGCUGCAUCCCCCAAAAUAGUGUUGUUUAUAUCAACAAAGUGCUUUCUAUCUCUGCUCUGGAAACUAAGUGACAGAGAUUCCUAUAUUGUCCAUAUUCUGUUGGCUGAGAUUGUUUGAGGAGCUGUAUAAGGCUGGUUUGUAUGAGUGAGAUUGUUCCAGCAGUUGAUUGAUGCUGGUUUUGUCUCCUCUCUCCACCAGGGACAUUGGCAAAGUGGUUGAAGCACUCUAUGGAGAAAACCCGCCUCCGAUCAUGAUGAUUGGACACAGCAUGGGUGGAGCUAUAGCAGUUCAUACCGCUGCAGCCAACCACGUGCCAUCGUUACUUGGCCUUUGUGUCAUUGAUGUCGUGGAAGGUGAUUAUAGUACUUGUGUUUUUUUGUCCCAUGAUCGAGACUUGUCAUUUGAUGAUCAAACAAGCAGCAGUUGGGGAGCUGACAAAAGAGAAAAUGAUUAAUUCAUUGUUUUAUAUGCUUCUAGUAAACUAUGUGUCACGGUCGUCUAAGAGCGAAGGAGACCAAGGCGCAGCGUGUGCAAGAAACAUGACUUUAUUAAUUAAAGUUUCGAACUACAAACAAAAGACGACUCAUGAAGUCCACGGUACAACCGACCGAACGGAACAAAACCCACAACCCCAAAGGAAAACAUACAGAUAAAUAUGGCUCCCAAUCAGAGAAACAGCCGACAGCUGACCCUCGUUACCUCCGAUUGGGAGUCACAUGACUACACAAGAACUAACCAAAACCACACACACCCAAAUGAACACACCCUAUUCCCAACCUAACCAAAACAACCCCACAAAACGAAUACACACCUGGCUCAAAUACAAGUCCCGGAGCCAGAGUGUGACAGUACCCCCCCCCCUAAAGGCGCGGACUGCGACCGCGCCUCAACUAGGGCUAACCAAGGGAGGGCUGGGUGGGCAUACCUCUUCGGCGGUGGUUCUGGCUCUGGUCGUGGUCCCCACCCCACCAUAGUCACUACCCGCUUCCGUAGCCUCCUCCAACUGACCACCCUCCAACUUAACCCCACCGGAUUAAGGGGCAGCACCGGACUAAGAGGCAGCACCGGACUAAGGGGCAGCACCGGACUAAGGGGCAGCACCCGGAUAAGGGGCAGCACCGGACUAAGGGGCAGCACCGGACUAAGGGGCAGCACCGGACUGAAUGGCGGAUCCUGGCUGGCUGGCUCUGGCGGAUCCUGGCUGGCUGGCGGACCCCGGCUGGACGGCUCUGCCGGAUCCUGGCUGGACGGCUCAUGGCUGGCUGACGGAUCUGGCUGCUCAUGGCUGGCUGACGGAUCUGGCUGCUCAUGGCUGGCUGACGGAUCUGGCUGCUCAUGGCUGGCUGACGGAUCUGGCUGCUCAUGGCAAGCUGACGGAUCUGGCUGCUCAUGGCUGGCUGACGAAUCUGGCUGCUCAUGGCAGGCUGACGGAUCUGGCUGCUCAUGGCUGGCGGAAGGCUCUGGCUGAUCCUGUCUGGCGGAAGGCUCUGGCUGAUCCUGUCUGGCGGAAGGCUCUGGCUGAUCCUGUCUGGCGGAAGGCUCUGGCUGAUCCUGUCUGGCGAAAGGCUCUGGCUGAUCCUGUCUGGCGGAAGGCUCUGGCUGAUCCUGUCUGGCGGAAGGCUCUGGCUGAUCCUGUCUGGCGGAAGGCUCUGGCUGAUCCUGUCUGGCGGAAGGCUCUAGCGGCUCCUGUCUGGCGGAAGGCUCUGGCUGAUCCUGUCUGGCGGAAGGCUCUGGCUGAUCCUGUCUGGCGGAAGGCUCUGGCUGAUCCUGUCUGGCUGAAGGCUCUAGCGGCUCCUGUCUGGCGGAAGGCUUUAGCGGCUCCGGUCUGGCGGACGGCUCUGAAGGCUCAUGGCAGACGGGCGGCUUUGCAGGCUCAGUACAGACGGGCAGUUCAUGCAGCGCUUGGCAGACGGACAGUCCAGACGGCGUUGGGCAGACAGGCAGUUCAGGCGCCGUUGGGCAGACGGGCAGUUCAAGCGCCGUUGGGCAGACGGGCAGUUCAGGCGCCGUUGGGCAGACGGGCAGUUCAGGCGCCGUUGGGCAGACGGCAGACUCUGGCCGGCCGAGACGCACUAUAGGCCUGGUGCGUGGUGCCGGAACUGGUGGUCCCGGGCUGAGGACACGCAUCUCAGGGCUAGUGCGGGGAGCAGCAACAGGACGCACAGGACUCUGGGGACACACAGGAGGCUUGGUGCGUGGUGUAGGCACUGGUGGUACUGGGCUGGAGCGGGGAGGUGGCGCCGGAAAUACCGGACCGUGCAGGCUUACUGGCUCCCUUGAGCACUGAGCCUGCCCAACCUUACCUGGUUGUAUGCUCCCCGUCGCCCGACCAGUACGGGAAGGAGGAAUAACCCGCACCGGGCUAUGUAGGCGAACCGGGGACACCAUGCGUAAGGCUGGUGCCAUGUAAGCCGGCCCGAGGAGACGCACUGGUGGCCUGAUGCGUUGGGCCGGCUUCAUGACAUCCGGCUCAACGCUCAAUCUAGCCCGGCCGAUACGUGGAGCUGGAAUGUACCGAACCGGGCUAUGCACGCGUACAGGAGACACCAUGCGCUCUACUGCGUAACACGGUGUCUGCCCGUACUCUCGCUCUCCACGGUAAGUACAGGGAGUAGGCGCAGGUCUCCUACCUGACUUCGCCACACUCCCUUUAAGGCCCCCCCCAAUAAAUUUUUGGCUAGUGCUCACGGGCUUCCAGCCUUGCCUCUGUGCUGCCUCCUCAUAUUGCCUCCUCUCGGCUUUAGCUGCCUCCAGCUCUUCACGAGGGCGGCGAUAUUCUCCCGGUUGUGCCCAAGGACCCCUUCCAUCCAGUAUCUCCUCCCAUGUCCAUGAAUCCUGUGUAGGUGGAUCCUUUGCCGCUUGACACGCCGCUUGGUCCUAGAUUGGUGGGUUUUUCUGUCACGGUCGUCUAAGAGCGAAGGAGACCAAGGCGCAGCGUGUGCAAGAAACAUGACUUAUUAAUUAAAGUUUCGAACUACAAACAAAAGACGACUCAUGAAGUCCACGGUACACCGACCGAAACGGAACAAAAACCCACAACACCCAAAGGAAAACAUACAGAUAAAUAUGGCUCCCAAUCAAGAUAACGAGCCGACAGCUGACACUCGUUACCAUCCGAUUGGGAGUCACAUGACUACACCAGAACUACCAAAACCACACACACCCAAAUGAACACACCCUAUUCCCAACCUAACCAAAACAAACCCCCACAAAACGAAUACACCCUGGCUCAAAUACAAGUCCCGGAGCCAGAGUGUGACACUAUGAUAUGACACAGCUACAGUGGGGAGAACAAGUAUUUGAUACACUGCCGAUUUUGCAGGUUUUCCUACUUAAAAAAAAAGCAGAAAAUCACAUUGUAUGAUUUUUAAGUAAUUAAUUUGCAUUUUAUUGAAUGACAUAAGUAUUUGAUACAUCAGAAAAGCAGAACUUAAUAUAUGGUACAGAAACCUUUGUUUGCAAUUUCAGAGAUCAUACGUUUCCUGUAGGUCUUGACCAGGUUUGCACACACUGCAGCAGGGAUUUUGACCCACUCCUCCAUACAGACCUUCUCUAGAUCCUUCAGGUUUCGGGGCUGUCGCUGGGCAAUACAGACUUUCAGCUCCCUCCAAAGAUUUUCUAUUGGGUUCAGGUCUGGAGACUGGCUAGGCCACUCCAGGACCUUGAGAUGCUUCUUACGGAGCCACUCCUUAGUUGCCCUGGCUGUGUGUUUUGGGUCGUUGUCAUGCUGGAAGACCCAGCCACGACCCAUCUUCAAUGCUCUUACUGAGGGAAAGAGGUUGUUGGCCAAGAUCUCGCGAUACAUGGCCCCAUCCAUCCUCCCCUCAAUACGGUGCAGUCGUCCUGUCCCCUUUGCAGAAAAGCAUCCCCAAAGAAUGAUGUUUCCACCUCCAUGCUUCACGGUUGGGAUGGUGUUCUUGGGGUUGUACUCAUCCUUCUUCUUCCUCCAAACACGGCGAGUGGAGUUUAGACCAAAAAGCUAUAUUUUUGUCUCAUCAGACCACAUGACCUUCUCCCAUUCCUCCUCUGGAUCAUCCAGAUGGUCAUUGGGAAACUUCAGACGGGCCUGGACAUGCGCUGGCUUGAGCAGGGGGACCUUGCGUGCGCUGCAGGAUUUUAAUCCAUGACGGCGUAGUGUGUUACUAAUGGUUUUCUUUGAGACUGUGGUCCCAGCUCCCUUCAGGUCAUUGACCAGGUCCUGCCGUGUAGUUCUGAGCUGAUCCCUCACCUUCCUCAUGAUCAUUGAUGCCCCACGAGGUGAGAUCUUGCAUGGAGCCCCAGACCGAGGGUGAUUGACCGUCAUCUUGAAUUUCUUCCAUUUUCUAAUAAUUGCGCCAACAGUUGUUGCCUUCUCAAGCUGCUUGCCUAUUGUCCUGUAGCCCAUCCCAGCCUUGUGCAGGUCUACAAUUUUAUCCCUGAUGUCCUUACACAGCUCUCUGGUCAAGGCCAUUGUGGAGAGGUUGGAGUCUGUUUGAUUGAGUGUGUGGACAGGUGUCUUUUAUACAGGUAACGAGUUCAAACAGGUGCAGUUAAUACAGGUAAUGAGUGGAGAACAGGAAGGCUUCUUAAAGAAAAACUAACAGGUCUGUGAGAGCCUGAAUUCUUACUGGUUGGUAUGUGAUCAAAUACUUAUGUCAUGCAAUAAAAUGCUAAUUAAUUACUUAAAAAUCAUACAACUUCACAGUUGAAGUGUACCUAUGAUAAAAAUUACAGACCUCUACAUGCUUUGUAAGUAGGAAAACCUGCAAAAUCGGCAAUGUAUCAAAUACUUGUUCUCCCCACUGUAGGUGUAUUCAUCAAUUUUUUGAUUGAGUGAUUAGUUCAUCAUUUUUCUGUUAUUGUGUUUAUUCAGGCACAGCAAUGGAUGCCUUGAACAGUAUGCAGAAUUUCCUCAGGAGUCGACCAAAGACCUUUAAGUCUGUGGAGAAUGCCAUUGAGUGGAGGUGAGAUGCUGUCCAUACACGCAAAAGUGUACAAAUACUAAUCAAAUACUUUACUAAUAGAGCAAAAUCCAAGUCAUGUGUUCUUUGUUCUUGUCCGUCCCCCAUCAGUGUGAAGAGUGGACAGAUUCGAAACGUUGAGUCAGCCCGGGUGUCCAUGGGAGGCCAGGUGAAAAAGUAAGUCUGGACUUAAAUGAAUCAACUUUAAGACGUGACUGUUCAGGACCUGUAACUAAACACAAGUCUUUACCUCCUCCAUAGAUGUGAGGAACCCCUCAACAGUCCAGUUGUCUCCAAGAGCAUCGGCGAAGUCAUCAUUGAAGAGGAGGAGGAAGAAGAGGAAGGAGAAUCCAACCACAAAAGGAAGAAGGAGGACGACCAAGAGGUCAGGGCUGGGCUGAUUAGGGGGAAAUGUUGUUGAUUUAAAAAAAGAUAUGUUUUAUACCUACAGUGUAUUCAGACCCCUUUACUUUUUCCACAUUUUGUUACGUUGCAGCCUGAUUCUGAAAUGGAUUUAAAUGUUUUUUUUCCCCUCAUCAAUCUACACACAAUACCCCAUAAUGACAAAGCAAAAACAGGUUUUUAGAAUUUUCUGCACGUGUAUUAAAGAUAAAAACUGGAAAUAUUAAAUGUACAUAAGUAUUCAGACCCUUUACUCAGUACCUUGUGUAAGCACCAUUGGCAGCUAUUACAGCCUAGAGUCUUCUUGGGAAUGACGCUACAAGCUUGGCACACUUGUAUUGGGGAGUUUCUCCCAUUCCUAUUUGCAGAUCCUCUCAAGCUCUGUCAGGUUGGAAGGGGAGCGUCGCAGCACAGCUACUUUCAGGUCUCUCCAGAGAUGUUAGAUCAGGUUCAAGUCCGGGCUCUGGCUGGGCCACUCAAGGACAUUCAGAGACUUGUUCUGAAGCCACUCCUGCAUUGUAUUGGCUGUGUGCUUAGGGUCACUGUCCUGUUGAAGGUGAACCUUCCCCCUAGUCUGAGGUCCUGAGCGCUCUGGAGCAGGUUUUCAUCAAGGAUCUCUGUACUUUGCUCCGUUCAUCUUUCCCUCGAUCCUGACUAGUCUCCCAGUCCCUGCUGCUGAAAAACAUCCCCACAGCAUGAUGCUGCCACCACCAUGCUUAACCGUAGGGAUGGUGCCUGGUUUCCUCCAGACGUGACUUUUGGCAUUCAGGCCAAAGAGUUCAAUCUUGGUUUCAACAGACCAGAGAAUCUUGUUUCUCAUGGUCUGAGAUUCUUUAGGUGCCUUUUGGCAAACUCCAAGCGGGCUGUCAUGUGCCUUUUACUGAGGAGUGGCUUCUGUCUGGCCACUCUACCAUAAAGGCCUGAUUGGUGGAGUGCUGCAGAGAUGGUUGUCCUUCUGGAAGGUUCUCCCAUCUCCACAGAGGAACUCUGGAGCUCUGUCAGAGUGACCAUCGGGUUCUUGGUCACCUCCCUGACCAAGGCCCUUCUCCCCUGGUUGCUCAGUUUGGCCGGGCGGCCAGCUCUAGGAAGAGUCUUGGUGGUUCCAAACUUCUUCCAUUUAAGAAUGAUGGAAGCCACUUGUGUUCUUGCUGCAGACAUUUUUUUGGUACUCCUCCCCAGAUCUGUGCCUCGACACAAUCAAAGAAGUGUAGUCAUUAUGGGUUAUUGUGUGUAGAUUGAGGGGGAAAAUAAUCAUUUUAGAAUAAGGCUGUAACGCAACAAAAUGUGGAAAAAGGGAAAGGGGUCUGAAUACUUUCCUAAUGCACUGUAUGUAUUCAGGUGUGUUUGUAUGCAUGAGUCUUCUUAGGCAUUAGUGAUUGGGUCGUUCCACAAAUUCGGUGCCUGAUUGAGAAGUGUAACUUGGUCAAAAAUACUUUGAAUUUCACCACAUUUUUACAUUGUCAUAACAAGCACAUGUUCAACUUCAUAAAACAAAUGUUUUCCCCAUCUCCAGAGGUUGAAUUAAAAAAAUAUAGUAAGUGCCAAAUAAAGUAACAGGGUUGAUGAUUUUUUCUUAAAUCAGACAUGAAUCUCCUUGUGACAGGGGGAAUGAAAGCUCAACAGGGAGUGGCAAUUCAAUGCUAGCUUCACAAGAAAAUUAUAUUGUUCAAACAUUUCUAGCCUGUCUAUCUAUGGGUAACAGGGUUGACGUGUUAUGCUCGAUCCGCUCAGUUUCCCACCACAAAACACCAGAAAAUGGCCUUAUUAAAACGAGAGUUCAGUUCAUGUAACAGGGUUGACCUUAAAAUGAGGGACAGCCGUAAAUUAAUAACUAAUCACAUGAAAUAAAUAAUACUCUUCAGAAAUGACUUCAAAGCACAAAAUAACAAGGGCUUUUCAAUUAUGGUUAAAAUCUUCCUAGAAGUGAUACAGGGUUGAUGGAGAGACGUGAAAAUGCUGAAUUUUGGCACCUUAGCAAGCCUUUAUUUAUACUGAACAAACAUUUUAACGCAACAUGUAAAGUGUUGGUCCCAUGUUUCAUGAGUUGAAAUAAAAGGUCCCAGAACAUUUCCAUACGCACAAAAAGGUUAUUUGCUCAUAUUUGGUUUACAUCCCUGUUAGUGAGCAUUUCUCCUUUGCCAAGAUAAUCCAUCCACCUGACAGGUGUGGCAUAUCAAGAAGCUGAUUUUAAACGGCAUGGUCAUUACACAGAUGCACCUUGUGCUGGAGACAAUAAAAAGCCACUCUGAAAUGUGCAGUUUUGUCACAACACAAUGCCACAGAUGUCUCAAGUUGAGGGUGCGUGCAAUUGGCAUGCUGUCUGCAUAAAUGUCCACCAGAGCUGUUGCCAGAGAUUUGAAUGUUCAUUUCUCUACCAUAAGCUGCCUCCAACGUCAUUUUAGAGAAUUUGGCAGUGCGUCCAACCGGCCUCACAACCGCAGACCACGUGUAACCACGCCAGCCCAGGACCUCCACAUCUGGCUUCUUCACCUGCGGGAUUGUUUUAGACCAGCCACCCGGACAGCUGAUGAAACUGAGGAGUAUUUCUGUCUGUAAAAAAGCCCUUUUGUGGGGAAAAACACAUUCUGAUUCGAUGGGCCUGGCUCCCCAGUGGGUGGGCUUGGCUCCCAAGUGGGAGGGCCUAUGCUUAUUUCCUUAUAUGAACUGUAACUCAGUAAAAUCAUUGUAAUUGUUGCAUUUUGCGUUUACAUUUUUGUUCAGUAUAUAUUAAAAAUCUGAUGUAUUGAAUUCUCCAUGUGGUCUAUAUUAAAGGGCACUUCAUUUAAUGUAUCAGGCUUUUAAAAUUAUAUAUUGGUGCACAAUUUCUACAUAAAAUAUCUUAAAAGGCAACAAAAAAAUCUUGGAACAACCCAGUUGGUGUAUACAUCUGGGUGCAUAUGUCAUCUUGGGGGAGUGUGUAUUUAAUUUCCCACCUUUACACAGUCUGUUGUAGUGUGUACAUGAAGAGUAAACUGUCUCUUGGUCUUCUUCAGGUGAAGAAGGAGAGCCUCUAUACCUGGCAGAUUGAUCUGUCAAAGACAGAGAAGUACUGGGAGGGCUGGUUCAGUGGACUGUCUGCCCUCUUCCUGUCCUGCCCUGUGCCAAAACUGCUCCUACUCGCUGGUGAGUCCCUCGGUUUAGUCCGUUUUAAUCCACAUUACUUUAAAUUAUGUUUUCAAUAUAAUACAAUUACAUUUUUGUCUUUGACAUUGGAUUAGAGCACACAUUGUUGGGUAUAACAUUUCCCUAUUUACAGGUGUGGACAGGCUUGAUAAAGAUCUCACAAUUGGACAGAUGCAAGGUGAGGACGGCCUUAUAGAUUAAUGUGUGUUAGGUUGGUUGUUGUUUACAAUUUUGGCUCCGAUGGUGACCGUGAACCCACUGUAGAUCUUCCCCCACCCAUUCCCUGUUGCACAUAAAGAUUGGUGUUCUGUUUGUGUUCAGGGAAGUUCCAGAUGCAGGUGCUCCCUCAGUGUGGCCAUGCUGUCCAUGAGGACGCCCCUGAAAAAGUGAGUGGGUUUUAACCUUCUGGGUAUGAUUCUGAACAACUGCUUGGUGCAUGUGCAGGCAGGUCACUAGAAAAAAUACGUAGAUUUUGGAUGUUUGAAAAGAGAAUGUCGAUAUAUGCUGUCAUCGGCGCUCAUCAAAAAAAAUAAAAAAAACUAUGGCACAGCUCUGGGCUCGAACACACAACACUCAGAUCCAGAGCGUGCUGCUUAGACCACUGCUGCCGGAAGUUCACAAUUGUCUUGCAAGCAGGGAGAGUACUUAGUGAUACUAAAUGAAACAGCUCAUUAAAAAAAUAUUGUUUUAUGCUUUCCAAAAACCAUAGCCCUAACCUUAACCACUCGGAAUUAAUACCUAAACUUAACCCUUUGAGUUGUUUCUGUUUUAACCCUGUAACCAUGCGGAAUGAACCCUGUAACCACACAGAAUUAAUGGGUAAAACAUUUACGUUCAUCCAAUUAUAUAAAAUCCCGAAGUGAAACGAUGAGAUCAAGUUGGCAUGUGUUUUUGUUUCCCAUUUUGUUUGCGAUAGUAGAGGUUCAGGCCAGUAUGCAUGUAAUAUUGCACACAAAAUACAAUUCUCAAUGUCUGGGAAGUGAAGUCUGGGAACAAACCCACAUUGCUCUUGUUUCCCCAGGUAGCAGACGCUCUGGCCUCGUUCAUGGUCCGUCACAAGUUCACUGAAUUCAAGGAGGGUUUCCUGUGGUAAGACUCAUUUAACUCGAAUAGAAACAUAUCACACAUUUGUUUACAACAUUGUUUAUUACUUUUAAGUCUGCUUGUCCAAUAAUCAUUGUACAAUCGCAUUGUUAAGACCUGCAUAAGCAUGUAUCGCUUAUCUGCACUGUUAAAACCACAUGAUUUGUGGCCUGGGUGGUCUAGCAGUUAGGACCGCUGGCUACAGCACACAUGCUUUCCAGGGUCGGCGGGGGUUCAAAUCCAUCCCACUGCCUUUGUGACUCACUCUGUCUAUCUUCCCUCUGUCUCUCCUCGGUCCAAUAAAAUACAAAACCCUCCCUCCCAA